AUGAAGAAAACUCCAACAGACAGCGAUUCGGGCAAUGGUAGCAGCCGCCAGGCUUCUAGUAGUGUCCAACAGCCUCCAACUAAGGAGAUUCCAAGCCCGCGAAGUCAGCACAGCGAAGUGAGUUCGUCUGAUGGGGUAGAUGAGAAAUCCAAGACCCUCGACAGUACCGGUAAUAGUGCUAGCACGAAUAAGAAUGACGACGAAUGGAUGGACGUAAUCAAGGAACAAGAGAAAGCCAUGCGAUUGCAUCCAGCAGUUUCGCAGGCUUUGGACGGAGCCUCUUCGGGGGAGCCGUCAACCUCGGCAACCGCCAGGCUUCCUAACAGGACCAAGUCUUCUCAGGGGAGAAGCCAGGAUUUUAAGGGGUCACCCAACAAGGCUACUGCGAGUCAGAAUGAUAGAGACAUCAGCCGAAAGCGCGCUGCUUCUCCAACAAGAAAGCAGAAAACUGAGAUUAAAAAUACCCCCCAAAGCAGCUCGCCAGGUGAUACUCAGCAAAGUAAUAGAACUGGAGAUGAUUGGAUGAAGGAAAUCAAAGAACACGAGAAGAUAGCACGAGAAAAUCCUGCCAUUGCAUUGGCUCUGAACAACACGUCAAAUGCACAUUUUCCGCCUCCAGCAGCAGCAAUAGCCGGCAAUCAGCACACUCCUCAAAUCUCCAAUGCAGCUGACAACACUGAUUUUCGGAGUGGCUCGCCUGCGCCUGGACAGACAAAUAAGAAUGCCAGGAACGACAGUCCUCCCAGAAAGCCGCCACCAAGGGUUCAACAACCUAGAACAACAACACCAGAGAAAAUGGAAAGAGGGGAAACUCUUUUCCGCCAAAGCUCGGACGACCUGAUGAAAGCCAUUGCUAUUCGGUCCAUAGAAGAUGGCAUGGCACUGGAUGCUACAGCGACAACGACAGUGACCAUGGAUAAUACUACUCACACCAACAACAGCACAGCCGACGACAGUACCAACUACAGUCAACAAGCCAAAAAGCGCAUUUCUGGUCACGUUCAGCCCGGAGCCUUUGGAGCAGCUCCGGGAAUGCGACCAACGCGACAGGCAUCACUUCAUUAUGCCACGCUGCUCAAUUCCAGUCUAUCCGAAUCCAACUAUUUUUCGCAAGAGUUAAAUGACACCCAGCACAGUAGUAAUGGCAGUAACAAGAAUCCCAAUAGUGAGAGACCACCAGUCAUAUCAACACGAAAUAUCGGCUUGGUGGAAGCGCAUCCGGUUUCAUCCUAUUUCCCCUUUCCACGGGCACAAGCAUAUGAGGAACCCUCGGAAGAUAUUGUGGCGCGCACAUCACGACAAGAGCGGUGUCGGUUGGCCCAAUAUUAUGCUGUCAUGGUUUUGGGGUUCACCACCUUUGUCCUCUUGAUCUUGUAUGCAACAGGUGCUAUUUUCUCGAGUGAUUCAUCCACAGAGCCGUUGCCUUCUUCUGCUUCUCCUUCCUUGGCUCCUACAAUGGCAGUGACGGAAUAUGAAUACUCCUUGGAGCUACCCUCCUACACCCAGGAAGCCAUCGAAGCAGACCCAACCUCGGCUCAGGCUCGGGCGUAUCAGUGGAUCAAACAGGAUGUUUUGCUGGAAACCUACAGUCCUUAUCGACAGCUACAGAGGUUUGCUUUGGCAACACUAUACUAUGCUACAAAUGGCCAUACCUGGGAAAUCAAUGAAAUGUGGCUGUCAUAUGCUGAUCACGAGUGUCUCUGGCAAACAAAGGGGGUGUUUCUGCUUGAUGAUGGAAUGACAAAGCACUGUGAUCCUGAUGGAAACUUCCUCGACCUCUAUUUGACAAAGAAUGGGCUCUCAGGAAGCCUUCCACCAGAGCUAGGCCUGUUGACCAAGCUCGAAGUUUUGGAUGUUGCCACAAACAAUAUCAGAGGGACUAUUCCAAGUCAAAUUGGGCUGAUGACUUCUCUUUAUGAGCUUAUCCUGGAUGCAAAUGAGCUCACAGCUGCCGUACCAUCGGAGAUAUACCAGUUGACUCGUUUGGAAUGUUUCUAUGUACACACCAACCCAGUGACAGGCACCAUCAUGACAGAAGUUGGUCUCUUGACCAACAUGAUCGAUUUUGAAUGGACGGACACCUUGACAAGAGGGACCAUUCCGACGGAGCUUGGUCUGAUGACCCAAACAACUGCCUUAUUCUUGUGGGCCAAUCUGUUGGAAGGCGCGAUCCCAAGUGAAAUAGGAUCUAUGACCAAUAUGACAUAUGGCUUUGGGUUAUAUGGCCAGUCCUUGACAGGAACCAUCCCAACGGAGAUUGGCAGGAUGACUGACUUAGAAUCCCUGUACCUUGACGCAAAUUUUCUCACAGGCCAGAUUCCAAGCGAACUUGGCCGUUUUCACAAAAUAACAGAAAUGUAUCUAAAGGCCAAUGAUCUCCGAGGAGCCAUCCCAUCAACGUUCGGACUUUUGACAAGCCUGGUGGUGCUGGAUCUCUCCUCCACCAGCAUAUCUGGAAGCAUCCCUUCCGAACUUGGUGCAUUGACUGCAGUGUCAUGGAUAAAUCUGGAUGCAACAAAUCUGGCUGAUGAUGUCCCAGCAGAGCUGGGGAACUUGGGGGUGAAUGGUGAAUGUGAAAAGCUCAAACUGAAUGACACACUUGUUACAGGGGAGAUACCAAGUGGUCUUUGUGAUAUCUCGGAUUUGUCCUUUGAUUGCUCGGAUGACCUUUGUGGUUGUGAUUGUGUGUGUCACUUUGGGGCACAAGGCAGUGUGGAUGCAUCAGCACGGGGCAGGGCUUGGGCAGCAGUGGGACAAGGGAGAGAGUUUGCACCAUAA